UCUUCAACAAAGGCUCUAAGAGUAUCUCUGGGCAAAGGUAUACUACUCCUGUGGUGCAGUGGUGGAAUCAAUGGAGAAAGGUCUGAUUUUAUCACCAGGUUUUCCAAACAACUACUACCCAGGGACACACUGUGUAUGGCAAUUUUUCAUUCCUAUGAGAACUCAUCUUAUCUUGGAAAUUUUUGAUUUUGACAUUUUUGAGAGCACUAGCGAAACUCCAAACCCUUGGGAUGACUUUUCAGCUCCCGCUAAAGCAAGGGAUAAAGACAUGCCUCCUCCCGAGGAAAAUUUGGAUUUCGCUCUCACUACUUCAAAGUCCUCUCUCCAGACCUGGUUGUCAAAGAUGUCUCAGAAUCUGAGCAGCACAGGAGAUCGAUCGAAGGACCUUGAUAGUCACUUGGAUGAUCUUACAGGAACCAUCUCAAAAAAAGAGGCAACCAAACAAGCAUCUGAAGAAAACCAGUAUAAGCAGCUGAAGGACCCCAAAACAAUUACCAAGGCUCAGCCUGAGGAACUGCCAUUCCCUGUGCCUGGUGGUGCCACGAUGCACAGACAGAAUAUCAGUGGCCUAGAAACAGAAGAGCUGAAAGGGAAAAUCUUGCUUGCCCAUCUUGCUGCUAGCGAGCAAGAUGAAGUUACUGGAGAGAGCUGGACACUUCCCACAACAGUACUGCCGCUGGAAGCCUCCUCCACCCCACAGGCAGCUGUGGACAUCUGUCCCCACGAUGUUUUGUACGUUUCUGAUCUCAUCACAUUUUCCUCACGCUUUUGCGGAUCAAAUACACCUCUACACAAGCCCAUGGUCUUUGGUUCGUCUCUGGAAAUGGUCGAGGUUAUCAUGGAGCUGAUCACAACCACAGACCGUGGACGAGGCUUUGCAAUGCUCUUUGAGUACAAGAACAUCACUGAACCUGAACCUGUGGAUGCGGUGAGGCAGGAGAGAAAGGAAAACGUGAUGAUGCUGGCAAUUAUAACAGGGAUUGUCAUCUUGGCCUUUGCUCUGUUCUCUGCCCUCUGCGUAGCUUGCAGGCAGAGAACGUGCCCCAAAAGGAGCUYGCCCAGCGCACACAGCGACCAGGAGACUGGGAUCCAGAACUCUGCUGCCGAUGUCAACGAGCUCCAGCUCGUGGUGCCAAGUCGGGAGAAUGAAAACAACAACCACUCUGUGAGCCGGGAGCAAGCGGUCACUUCCUGUGGAGGCAGCACAGAACCAUCUCCUCAGGACACCGAUCCGGACAUGCCCUCCUCUACAUCCGCGGUGACCACCGAGACCGGGAGCGAUGAAGUGUUUAUUAUAUCUGCUGGACCUGGGGCCAGUGGGCUGAGCUUUACCACUUACAGAAUACAGGACAAAAACCUAAAAAGAAGCGUCACAAGCCCAGCCUCCGUGUCUGACUGGCUGACUUGUAAUCACCCGGCUCCCGGAGCAGACGCUGGGGAGAAGGGGCACGUCCAGGUGGAAAACCACUACCCCAGGCAACGGACGUGGAGUGCCCGCACUUUCCAUGACUUCCUGGCUCCCAUACCACAGCUCCAGAAAAAAUGGUGUAGCUGGACUACCAACAGCCCCUUCACAAAGCUGGUCGACAGCAGCAGUUUUCCAACAGCUGCAAGAACCCCAGUUGUGCCCACCAGGAAGGUUAUUUCAGCCACCGACAUAGAGGGAGCUUUAGAGACGGUUUACUCUGAUUCAUCAACUAGCAAUGCCUCCUACCCCCUCACCCUGUCUGCACAGCGGCAGCGGAAGCUGAGCUCCUGCAACCUGAAGAAAUCCAGGUUUGGGAAUCCUUGCUUUGGAUUUUUAACCAGCUCCCCUGACAACAAGCACGUGAAGUCCUCGGAUCCUCCAAGACACCUAGGGGCGCUGUCUCCAGUUAACAGUCAAAGCCCCCAAAAUCUUCUGGAAGGUUCCAGCCCCUUGAAAAUCAACUUGGUCAAUGGUUCGAAAGCAAAGGAGCUCGUGGUAGAUAAAGAAAAGAACAAGCCCGUUUUUGUUAUUUCUGAAGAAGGGGAUGAUCAGCAGCCUCUGGUCCUAGCAGAACAUCUUAGUCAAUGCGGAGAUCAUCUGUGUGAGCAAAGCGCCACGUUUGCUCCAGCGAGAGCCGUGCCGGACAAACAGCCCGUGGUUCCGACUGCUGAGGGCGACGGUUCUCCUGGCUUCACAUCGGAUCCGCCUCUUUGGGCAAGAGCCCCGGGUUUACACAAAGGUGGCGUGAAGGCCCCUAGCGCUUCCAAGGACGAGCAGAGCUCGCCAGCUGCAGCUGCUACUGAGACCUCAGCUCACUUUGAUGCUGUGGCUGCUCCCACAUUAUGUCCAGCUUCGGUCCAGUGAUUUCUCAGAAAAACUAGUACCUUGGCUCAUGAAACAGAGGCAACAGGCACAUGGCUAAGUGGAGCUGUGUUGAGGAGUGGAGAGUGGCCAUUUUAGAUGGAUGCAACUUUGGGCCUUGCUACCCACCAGUAGAUUGGGAUUGUGAGUGUACAUAAWGUAGCACAGCACAAACACCCUCUUCCCUUAUGCUCAUUAACCUCAAAUCUCUUCUCAUGCAUGGAGUUUAUGUGGGAUUUAUACGGGAAAGCAUCCUGUGAAGAUACCGCACACGGUUGAACAUCUUUUCUGGAAUAAGAGUUUUAAGUGA